GAUGUUCCGUUCUUCUCUGUUGAGACAAUUCACAUCUCCUGCAAGUCAGAUGCGUAUCAAGGAAUGGAUUAUUGCUACGCUGGUGUUAUCAUUUACUCCUGCGAUGGCAAGUCAGAGUGGCAAACCACCAAUGGCACCCGCUGUAAGAGCGGUUAUGUAGUCAUCAUGGAUACCAACGCCAAGAAACUAAAGCCAUAUCAACAACAAGGCCCAGGGCUUGUUCAUAGCGCUGUUUACAGACGUGCUUUUGGCGAAGAAUGUACAGGAAGGAAUAUUAUGGCUGAGGGUUUCUCUGUGAUGAAAGGAGUGUUCAAGCUAAAUUCAGGAGUAUUCAACCCGCCACAAGAUUUACAUCACGCCGGAGUACAAAGAUCCUUGCAUCAACUUAAGGAAGUAGUUGACCACUGGAUGGAUGCGGGGGACCACUUCUAUCGUUGCAGAGAUUUUAUGGUAAAAGACUUUCGGUAG